CUCUACUCAGUUGAUCCUUGUACCUGUUUAUGACCUUGUGCGUUAUAAAUGAGGCAGGGCUAAGGGUCCAGUCAUAACUCGAGGAAAAAGACUUAAAUAAACCAGUCUGUAGAUGCGACUUGAUUCCAUACAGUUCAUGGACUAGCAGAACAACAUGGAGGAGCUGAGGAAUAGGGGCCAAAAGAGAGAGGGGAGGCACAGGGACACAUGGGAUCCCUUUCAGCUAAAUCCGAUCGGAGCGGAGAAAGAAAAGAAGAGAACAUGUUUGAUGUUAAUGCAGCACUUCAUGGCGGUGGUUAUAGGCAUUUUAGUCUUGACCAGUGCCGUCAUCAGCAAGGGUUCUCUCUUGACACUGGCCACACUUUCCAGUCCAAAAUCCCUCAGGAAUUCUACAGAUAGGCAGUUCUACACCCUACUGCUGAUGUGUGCCCUGGUAACACCCAACCUGCUGGUGUUCCUCAAAUGUCUGUGGAAAUGUGCCUUCAAAAACUAUGUUUCACCCACCAUGAAAAUCCUGGGGAUUAUUUCAGGGAUUGAGAUCACGGUGGCACUGGGGACCUCAAUCUUGGUUCUGGUUGUGAUGCCUCAGUUUGAUGUGCUGACCAACCUUUUCAUAUCUGGAGGAGUCUGCAUUGGCACUGCCUUCCUUCAUGCGUUCUUUCGACUUCAGAACCAAGGCUGGAUGAUCAUCUUCCCUAUUUGCUCCAUUGUUCUAGUGUCCACCGGCUACAGCCUGCUGGCUAUUGAUUACUAUGUGCGAAUAUCUUCUCAUACUGCACACCAAGAACAAGACUGUUACUAUUAUGUUGCCAUUUCUAUAUUCGCCUCUCUUCUAAUUUCUUGUAAUUGGUGGGAGAACUCUCUACAGGCCAGCAGCAAGAUUCAGGAUAUGCUUAGUGAAUUAGAUAGCUUCAGAGAUUCUGUCUUCAUGUUUACCAGUCUCAUGCGGAUUGGUGUCACUCUCGGGGUCUACUUCUUUUAUUAUUGCCUAAUAGCUGAGAACCGCAUCAACUGGGGCGCUUUCACAGAAAUUACACAAGAUACCCUUGAGGUAGGCCUUGGAGUGUUUUUCCUCCAAAUCUUCUGCUCUGCUGCCUGCCACUGGUUUGGGGUUGUGGCCUGCAAGAUCCAUGCUGUGAGAAUGAGCUUUGCCAUGCCAGUCUCACUGACAGGCCCUGUUACACUGAUUGUAGGCAUAACACUUUUCCUAACUCAAGCGAGCACCUUGGGUGUGGAACCAGAGACCUCAUACUACUCUGAGUUGUCAGCCAACUACUCACCAAUCUACAACCCAUUUCUGGAUUUUUGCUCUGGUCUUGUGAAGCUGAAGAUCUCUAACAGCACUUUGCUGAUCAUCCUGGAGCUCACCAAUAGUAUCUGCCAUACAACACUGAGUAGCCAUUAUGCAGUUUGGCCUUUCUCCAUGCUUGCACUUGAGGGGGUCUGCAUGUGGCUCGGGUUGAUUACGUGCACAUAUUAUGUGUGGAGCAUGAGGGUGCCACGUAUCGAACGGACAUCACAGCUCUUUGUUCGGCGGCUGUAUGAAUCCGCUUUCAUCGAUCAGUCACUACUACUAAACACCAAAAUGAAAGUGAAGGACCUAGAAAGCCUUGAAGAGGCAGAGAGUGUUGUCAUAUAUCUCUGUGCAACAAUGUGGCAUGAAACAUAUGAUGAGAUGCUUAAAAUCCUUACCUCAAUGUUCAGAUUGGACAGGUACAGAGGUGAUCCAAAGGAAGAGCAUAAGAAUUUCUUUGACUUCGAAUGCCAUAUUUAUGUGGAUGAUGCCUUCAUGGUAGAGAAAGAGACUGGCACUAAGUUGGUCAAUUCAUAUGUGGAAGAUCUAAUAAAUGUGGUCAUAGAAGUAUACAGAGUAUUCACAAACAAAGAGCCGGAUGAAGUGUCUAUCAUUGAGACUCCUUAUGGUGGCCGGAUUGCAUUUGUGCUACCAGAGGGAAAUAUGUUGUAUGUCCAUCUCAAGGACAAACAGCUGAUACGAAACAAAAAGAGAUGGUCACAGAUAAUGUAUAUGUAUUAUCUCCUGGGUUGGAAAGGUUACAUAGUGAAAAAUCCCCAGAAAAUCACUAGACAGAACAACAUAUGCCGUGCAAGUCUCAUAUCACUGGAUGGAGAGGCUUACCUCUUACCAAACUUUGACAAUGAUAGUAAAAGGAAAUACAUAUCAGAUGACAACACUUAUAUCUUGGCUUUGGAUGGAGACACUGACUUCCACCCCUCUGCUGUGAUUUUACUGGUUGAUCGUCUGAGAAUGUAUGCUAAUGUAGGUGCUGCUUGUGGAAGAAUUCAUCCAACUGGAAUGGGGCCAAUGGUGUGGUACCAGAAGUUUGAGUAUGCUGUAGGUCACUGGCUUCAGAAAACCGCAGAGCACGUAUUUGGGUGUGUGCUUUGCAGCCCGGGAUGCUUUAGUCUGUUCAGAGGGUCAGCUCUAAUGGAUGACAAUGUGCUGAAGCGAUACACCACCAAGGCCACCAGGGCUUCUGAGUAUGUCCAAUAUGAUCAAGGUGAGGAUCGCUGGCUUUGCACAUUGCUUCUCCAGCAGGGAUGGAGAGUGGAGUACAAUGCUGCCUCGGAUGCUUACACUAAUUCUCCUCAAGAAUUUAAGGAGUUCUACAACCAAAGGCGUCGCUGGGGUCCCUCAACUCUUGCAAAUACUUUAGACCUUCUACACAGUGGAAAAGAAACUGUAAAGAGGAACUCUUCCAUAUCCAUGCUCUACAUCUUCUACCAGAUCUUCACUGUGGCUUCUUCAAUUCUUGGACCUGCCUCUGUUACCUUGAUGGUAGCUGGAGCGUUCCAGUUUGUGUUUAGUAUUGAAGGAACUCUGUCCAUUAUCAUAGCCGUCAUACCACCGGUUGUUUACAUGCUAGUUUGUUUCUUUACCAAAUCCAACUUCCAGAUUACCAUCGCUGCCAUUCUCAGCGUUUUGUACGCAUUUCUAAUGACAGCGUCUUUCUUCUCCAUUAUUGGUGACAUGGUGAAAGAAGGCACAUUCAUCACCCCUACUGGGAUAUUUCUGGUGUCCAUGUCAGUUAUGUACUUGGUCACAGCAAUACUUCAUCCACAGGAGUUUGGCAUGAUUGUCUACGGUCUCAUGUACUUUAUAUGCAUCCCCAGUGGUUACCUCCUCCUUACUAUCUACUCCUUGGUCAACAUGAACAAUGUCUCCUGGGGCACUCGAGAAUCCAACAAAGAAAAGGAGCAGAAGAAGCAUGUUGGAGUUUUGUGCAACCGCAACUGCAAACUCUGUUGCUGGGAUGUAAAUAUCCAAGUCACUCAAGAAACUGAAAACUUGAUGCUCCAGCACAUCCAGCAGGCAGUUAAUCCAAAUGGUCCAGCCAAUGGUACACCCAGUGUUCCAUCGGCUAUGCCAGAGAAGGAGACAACUACACAGGAUGCUGAAGAAAGUUUAAAAUGCUCUGAAACUGAAAAUCAACCUAUUGAAAGUAGCAGAGGGCUGAGGGCAAGAGACAUCAAGAAACUGACCAAUGACAAGGAAGAUGCCAAAUCUAUGAACAGUACAAGUGACCUCAGCAUGGAUCAAAAAACUUACACAUCAUAUGAAGAUGAUGAGGAUGAUGAUGAUGAUGACUUAGAUACAUACAAUGAUCAGGAGGAGCAAGAAAAGGAAGUUGUUCCCGAGAGCGACUGGGUCGGACCAGUGAAAACUGUAUUCCUGAGGAAGCUUACCUAUGCAAAUCUCAAGAGGAACCUUCAGGAGCAGAUUAGGUACACCCUCAGAAACAAGAACCAGGAAGACCUGUGUGAGGAUCUUGCGAACACUCUAACAGAAACACUCAGUGACGAACUAAGGGACAAAGUGGGCCCGGAGGACAUUUUGUCAGAGUGCCAACUGGAAGAACUACAGGAUGCACUUAACGAGUCAGCAAGGAGGAUCCUGAAGAGCAACCGCAUGCAAUUCAACCACAUGAAGAGGAUGGAGGCAAGAGUCAAGAGAGCUAUUGAGAAAACCCUGGUGGCCCCCAAGGCUGUGAGACUGUCUGAAGAUGAGACAGACUUCUGGAACAAGCUGAUAGAGCGCUAUCUGAAACCUAUAAAUGAUCCUAAAAGCCAUCUAGAGCAAGUGGAAAGGGAACUGAAAUCCCUACGGAACAAGGCAGUAUUUCUGUACUUUAUUGUGAACGUCUUAUGGGUUGUGGCCACGUUUUUUCUUCAAGCCAUUGGCAGUGACGUAAUUAGCAUCAAGAUUCCUAAAUAUCUGCCUAAUGGCAGUUUGGCUGAUGAACCUUUGAGGGUGGAACCUCUAAGUUUAAUGUUCUUGCUGUCUUUUGCCAUACUUCUGUUGAUCCAGUUUCUGGCUAUGCUUUACCACAGAGUGUACACCUUGAUCCAUGUGUUAGCCUACAGAGGCAUGGAGAAGGACUACAAAGAAAGGGAUCCAGACGAGGAAGCCAUGAUCUUGGAGAACCAAAAUACAAAUGAUCUUGUCAUAACUAGUGAUGACCUGUGAAGAAGAGAUGAGCGAUUUUAGUAUAUUUAUAUUUACUUAAGACUGCACUCUUUUAAUGACACUUUUAGGGUACAAGUUUUAUUGUACUUAAAAAUGCAAAUGAAAAUCCAACCAAGAGAAAGGGAAAAUAAUGACUCAAGUAUGUGCAAUAAAUACCGGGUACUGUAUUUAUAUAUAUAUAUAUAUGUGAUUCUUUCAUGGUGGAGGCAAAAGAGAAAAGCUGUAGCUGAAAGACUUUGAAAGUCUUUGUGUUAACCUAAACAGUCAUAAAGUAAUUUUUAUUCAAAUGAAAAUGUUCAGCCUUCAUUGGAAGACUAGUGAGGUUUUAAUAAAGCUGGAAUAUCAUAUUAUCAUUUACAUUCAAGGGCAACCAACUUGGCUUGUGACUAGGCUUUCCUUAUUGGUGCUGUAUACUGUAACUCAAAGUCACAGCUUCCUGAAAAAGGUUUGUCAUCGUUGUAAAGGUACAAGGUCCCCAGAUUCACAGGACAAUGCUGUUUUUUUUUUUUUCAAUACAUGUUCCGUGUGGUACGGUUUUACAACCAAAUGACUGUCCAUUUACAACCUAGAUGCCAAAGUACAAAAAUGAUGCUGUAAUCUCUUACUGCUGGAUUAGACUUAGCAAUGCACAAGAUGACUGCGUGAUUAUGUGAUUUUUUGUUUUUCCAAUACCAAGUGUAAUAAUUGUCUUGCUCUUUAAUAGUAUAAAUGGUGUUUUUUUUGUUGUAACUUUAAUCAAAUGCUUGCUUAGUUCUUAAUCUAGAUUUUAUGUGAUUUGGAAAGCACAUAGCAUCAUAGUGUAUGAAUGCAAAGUACUGUAUUUUUACAAGGAUCAGUAUUUGUGGUGUAGAAAAGGUGAAGACAAAACAAAACAACACUGCUUUUUGUUAGCAAUGGAAGGUGCUAGAUAAAUGAGUGUUGAAUAGGAAUGCUAUUCAAAUAUGAUUUUUAAUAUCUGAACACUUUAUCCACAAAUAACACCUUUUUGUUGGCUGAUUGAAUUUGCAUAAAUAAAGAAAAGAUGAUGUAGGUGGAAAGUGGCAGAUUGAGAUGAAAAAAGUAACAUUAUGACCACCUGCCUAAUACACCUACCAUCACAAUUUGGCCCUUGUCUCUCAACUCGCUCAAAUCCUUACGCUUUUUUCCUGUUUCUAACACAUCAACUUUGAGGACAAAAUGUUCACUUGCUGCCUAAUAUAUCCCACCCACUAACAGGUGCCAUGAUGAGGAGAUCAUCAGUCUUUAUGUUGAAGCCUAACCAUCAUGCCGUUAUGCCAAACUUCCCCAAAUUGCUGAUACGAUGGGGCAGGUGUCCCAUAUGGUCUAGCGGGCAGGAUUCUUAGUUUUCACCCAGGUAGCCCGGGCUCAACUCCUGGUAUAGGAAUGCAGCUUUGUUAUAUUGCCUGCAAAACAGACAAGGUGUUCACCAAAUCACUUAUUUAAUAACAGUUGUUGAGGGUAGGAUCAGGGUUCAAGCCCCAGUGCCAACAAGCCCCACUGCUGGGCAAUUGAGCAAGGCCCUUAACCCCCACCAUAAUACACCCCCCUCCUGCUCCAGUGGCACUGUAUCAUAGCUGCCUCUGUGCUCUGAACCCAACUUCCUUAGCUGGGUUAUGUUAAGAAAACAAUUGUUUUGUAUGUGUGGCAAUAAUAAAGGCUUCUUAUCCUCAGUUCUUCUUCUUGAAGCACAUAGUUGUCUAGAAUGUCUUUGUAUCAUGUAAUAUUAGAAUUUCCUUUUACUAAGAGACCCAAACCUGCCCCAGCAUGACAAUGGUCAUGCUUAACGAAGACAUGUUGUGUUAAGGUUGGAGUGGAGGAGCUCGAGUGUCCUGAUCAGAGCCCAGACCCAACACCAGUGCCUGAUCUUACUAAUGCUCUUAUAGCUGAAUGAUCACACAUCCCCACAGCCAUGCUCCGACAUCUAGUGGAAAGCCUUCCCAGAGGAGAAGAGUAGAGCACAUUAUAACAGCAAAGUGGAUUAAAUGUGGAAUAGGAUGUUCACAUAGAUGUGACAGUCAGAUGUCCUGCUGCACCUGAUACCAAGUGUAUAUGAGUUUUUUGCAUACAACUUCUUCUAUUCUUUUUUUAGUUUGAGUCCCAUUGUAAGCUAUUCUUGGUAAUCACCAACAUGUCUACUAAUCGUGCACGCACAUACAAGCCACUUUUAUUAGGGGGUAAAAUCUGCGCCUGACGGAGCACCUACAUGUUUUCAAUAAGUGACCUAGCAUUCUGUCACAAAGCAGAAGCUGCCUAGUUCUCAGAUUUCCCACCAUCUCUUUAAUUGCCCAAUUAGUAGUUAAUAGCUUUAAUUAGACAGUAAUUAUGGGUAUUUUUUAUAAUGUGGUAGUGAGGAAAGUUUUUGCUGGUUGUAAUGGAUACAAAUGAUUAUGUAAUAAAACCCACAGUUGCAGAAUGUUCUAGACAUUUAGUAUUUUUUAAUAAAAUCUAUUUAAAUCAUUACGGCUGUUUUGUUUUCAUGUAUUAGAAACCUUUUUACAUGUAACAUCUAGAGCAUGUGCACUCCCCCUUGCUCCCUAAAACAUUUUUAGAUUCCUGUACAGUUUAUAUUGCUAUAUAAAUAAAAUUGAAUUGAAUGAAUUAAUCAUAAUCACCCUAAUGGCAGAUUUCUACUUAUUUAUAUAUUCUAAAUAGAUCAGUGGUUGGAUAUUUGGUAUAGAGACUUGUUAUGAAGGGAUUGCUGUACUGUGAAGGAAUAGAAAAUGGAGAGUGUGUAAGGGUUAAGAGUUUUAUUUUUUGCUUUGGGGUUUUUUUACACUUGAUUGAAUAUGAAUUUGUGGAUUGAACAAUGCACUGAACAUGUUUACAGUCAGAACAAAUCAGCAGCUAAUGCAGUAAAUCAACCUUUAUUCACUACAUUCACCGAGAUUAACCAGAUGUUCUC